UCUGCUUUUCAAGCAACAUGUAACGUUAGACAAUAGCUUGGAUGUCUAAUAUGAAGUUUUAUCAUCAAUGUUAUUGAGGGCUAUGAAUCACUAAGCAAAUGUUUGACUUUUUUCCCGCAGUGAUAAAUGAAUUGUAGUUAUACAAGUACAAUAUGUCAGCCUGUUUCAACUUGCGCUAUUCAACUUCAACUCCAAGGAAAAACAUAUGACAUUUCCUGAUAGAAGAUGAGGUCCUGAAUGGUAAUGAAACACUCUGGAUGCUCCACAUGGAUUCUUCAUGUUGACCCUUGCUUUUCCCAUGCUGAAUAGAGCAGGGGUGCGUGUGAGGAGACUGGCGGCUCAAUUCUGUGAAGCAAGCAUGUCUACAGACCACCACGUCUCCAGUCCGUCCUCUGCAGCCAACGGGGAAGCUCCCACUGCAGCCAUUCUCAUCAUUGGAGAUGAGAUACUCAAGGGUCACACAGAGGACACCAACAGCACCUUUCUGACACGAGCUCUAAGGAAGCUUGGAGUGUCUGUGCAGCGCAUAACAGUCAUACCAGAUAUGCAGGAGGUCAUUGCCAAGGAAGUAGCCCUCCUUUCACCUCAGUAUACACACCUCAUCACCUCUGGUGGCAUAGGACCUACCCAUGAUGAUGUCACCUUUGAGAGCAUCGCCAUAGCGUUCCAGGAGGAGUUAUAUCCCCACCCUGAGCUCACACAGUUGGUUGAGGAAUUUUUUGGGGUGGUGGAUAAGAACAGUGCUGCGAUGAAGCUGGCAAUGGUGCCUCGCUCAGCCAAACUCAACUAUGGAACUGACCCUCAGACUGGACAACGGCUUCGCUAUCCACUGGUCAGUGUGCACAAUGUGUUUAUCUUUCCUGGAAUCCCUUCUCUGAUGGAGAGGGCCUUCAAUGGCCUGGAGCACCUCUUUGCUGGCUCUGGGACCACAUUUCACUCUCGCGAGGUGUUUGUGGAUGCAGAUGAAGCAGAGAUUGCCCCUGUGCUGACCAAACUGCAAGCAAGUUGGAGCCGGAAGGUGGCUCUGGGCUCCUACCCCAACUGGCUGAGCAACUAUCACAGAGUCAGGCUGGUCCUGGACUCAGACAGCCAGGAGGAGGUGGACAGAGCCCGGGCACAGCUACUAGAUGAGCUGCCCAAAGGCAGUGUGGUGCCUUUAGUGACUGACCCGGUGUCCAUUGCCACCGCUGAGGUGUACACACUGGCCAAUAGUGGCACACCAUUGGGUGAGAAAGUUAUGUCUGCACUGAAAACGGUCGAAGCUGCACUGGAUCAGUAUUCAAUGGAAGAAGUCUGUGUCGGCUUCAAUGGGGGCAAAGACUGCACGGCUCUGCUGCAUCUCUACUAUGCUGCACUGAAACGGCGAUAUCCAGAAGGUAAAGACAAGGUGAAAGCUUUGUAUAUCCGCAUUGUCUCUCCAUUCCCAGAAAUGGAGAGAUUCCUUCAGGACACGAUAAAAAGAUAUGACCUGGACCUGUUCUCCGUGGAGGGCAGCAUACGGCAGGCGCUGAGCGAGGUGCAGGAGAGGAGGCCGGAGCUGAAAGCCGUGCUGAUGGGGACGAGGAGGACUGACCCGUACUCACACAUACUCACCCCCAUGUGUCCCACUGACCCUGGCUGGCCAGACUACAUGAGAGUCAACCCAUUACUCGACUGGACAUAUCAUGACAUCUGGUCAUUCCUGAGGACAUUAUACGUGCCCUACUGUAUCCUGUAUGAUAAGGGGUACACUUCACUGGGGAGCAUGGACAACACCUGUCGAAACGCGGCCCUGCAGGUGGUGGACGGGAGGGGGGUGACGCGAUACAAGCCAGCCUACCUCCUGGAGAAUGAAGAAGAGGAACGAAACUCUCGCGCCUGAUGUAGCCAGUCUCUUCGUGUCACCUGUUACUGAUGGUGCCAGAUUUUCAUACCUCAGAUUGCCCCCCCCCCCUCACACACACACAUAUUUGGAAACCAUAGCACAGAUAUUUUUAUCAAGUCUCCAUGUGAAUAUUUGCAGAAUGAGAUUGUGAAGGCAGUGUGUGUGUGUGUGCUAUUUGUUUAUACAUGUGAGUCUUGGUCUAAAGUAAUGGCUCUCUGCGCUGUUGAAUAAAACAUCAGUCUGUGUCAUGUUU